AAACUUUGGUGCUGCGAUUCUUAUAGAGCAAACACGUGUUACAAUCCCACACAAGUGCCACAUCUUGAAACAAUGAAGUUGACCACACGAGAAACAAGCUUCUCCACACUAACCGGAGUGCUGGCUCCCUCACUUUUCCCUCUCUGUUCAAGCCUCUCCCGUCACUUUGCCUCAUCUGACGGCUUACAGUCGACGAAGACGAGGUUGGCCCCGACGGAAGAAACGAUGGAGGUGCGUGGGCCGGGAGAGUGGAGAGUCGAUGACGAUGCUGAGGCCAAGGCAGAGCUGGGUGGAGGCGAUUUGGUAGAUGGCGUGGUAGGAGAGAUCGUUGAAGAGGGAAUAAGAAGCGGUGGGGAGGGAUUGGUGGAGGGCAAGAGUGCAGUCGCGGAAGGUCGAUGAGAGGGAUUUUGAGGGCGGAAGCUAAGGAGUGGGCUAAGGUGGACUUGCCGGUGCCGGUAUGCCCUUGUUGGAAUUUGAUCUCGCUAGGUACACCUAAUCAUCCAAAUAAGUAAUAUAUAGGUUAAAACCCU